CCACAACUCCCAGCAUCCUCCCGGAGGCCCGAGAUGGUCAGGCCAGUUGGCGGAGUGAGACCGCAAAUGUCUGCGGCAGCUGAGAAGAAGCGUCCCUUCGGGAAAUCAGCGUUUGAGGAGGAAUCUGCGGCCCGGAUAGAACAAGAUGUAGCGCGCGGCCUGGAGAACUUGCCUGUGAGACUGUGGCCACUGAGGGCGGGGCUCAGGCCUAAGCCUUUCCAGUAUACUCCUGAUCAUGUAGCUGGGCCUGGAGCAGACAUCAACCCCACACAAAUAACCUUUCCUGGAUGUGCUUGCACCAAAACUCCAUGUGUCCCUGGCACUUGUUCCUGUCUCCGCCAUGAGAAUAACUAUGAUGACAAUUUAUGCCUUAGGGACAUUGGAUUGGAAGCAAAGUACGCCAAGCCAGUUUUUGAAUGCAAUGCCCUGUGCCACUGUGGUGAGCACUGUAGAAACAGGGUGGUCCAGAGCGGUCUACAGUUCCUUCUCCAGGUGUUCCAGACAGAUCAAAAAGGCUGGGGACUUCGGACCUUGGAAUCUAUACCCAAGGGAAGAUUUGUCUGUGAGUAUGCUGGGGAGGUUUUAGGAUUCUCUGAAGUACAAAGACGAAUUCACCUACAAACAACACAGGACCCAAAUUACAUCAUUGCACUCAGGGAGCACAUUUACAAUGGACAGGUCAUGGAAACCUUUGUCGACCCUACCUACAUAGGAAAUAUUGGGAGAUUCCUGAAUCAUUCUUGUGAACCAAACCUGCUGAUGAUUCCCGUCCGAAUUGACUCAAUGGUACCUAAGCUGGCACUUUUUGCAGCCCAAGAUAUUUUGCCAGGAGAAGAACUCUCUUACGACUAUUCAGGAAGAUUCCUUAAUCAAAUAAGCAGUAAAGACAAAGAAAGGGUAGAUUGUGGACAACCAAGAAAGCUUUGUUACUGUGGUGCCCCGUCAUGUGCCACUUUUCUGCCAUAUGACAGUUCACUAUACUGCCCCUUAGAGAAUCCAGGCACCAGUUAGGAAGGGAGCUCCUACCUGCUGGCCUUUCUGUGGACAGAAAUCAGAGGGAGUUGAGCAUUAAGUGGUUCGGCUACGUCUGGGUCAUCUGCAAGCAGCCUAGCCUCAAGCGAGGUGUACCUUGUAGUCCGCAUCUUCCUCAUCCCUGUAACAAAGACCAGGGUUGCCCAGCCCUGCCUCUGCCAGGUUGCCUAAAUUCAACUCUACAGUGCAUCCCAGACUGUAAAAUGUCCAAUAAUACCUUUCCCCCCAGAAUACUUGCUUUUGUAGCUAAAUGUGAAUAAGUGACUAUGUUCAAACUAGCAGGAUACAAGCGAAAAUUAUGCCUCCUUGGGCAUCAUCCUUGUAUUUCUUCUUGGAAACCAGAAUUCAUACUUGACGCCUGGUGUUGGAGCAGCCAUCCUAAAUCCAAGAAGAUCCUGGGAAAGGGCCAUGCAGAACAUAUCAGCAAGAUUUCUGCUACUUAGA